GCUUCCCCUAAUUCCCUUUCCGAUUAUGGAGCUGAGUAAGGUCACCUUGGAGAUCUUUACCAAGCUCGAGCAGCAAUGGCUUUCUCAUCACUGCGACGCUGCUAAGAAGACUCGCAUUCUCAGCAUUGAUGGCGGUGGAACCACCGCAACUGUUGUCGCUGCGUCGCUCAUUCACCUUGAAGACCAGAUCCGCUUCAGGACUGGCGAUCCUCAUGCUCGCAUUGCUGAUUUCUUCGACCUAAUUGCUGGUACUGGCAUUGGAGGCAUUCUCGCCUCGAUGCUUGUGGCGGAUGAUGGCUCUGGCCGUCCUCUGUUUUCUGCUAGGGAUGCUGUAAGUGCGAUUUGUGCUAGGAAUUCGGAGAUGUUUAAAGUGAAAUUCGGAAGCGGAUUUUGCCGACGGCGGAGAUUUUCUGGUAGGUCUAUGGAUAGAGUGUUGAAGGAAUUCUUUAGAGGUGAGAAUGGUAAGGAUUUGUCUCUGAAGGAUACUUGUAAGCCUCUUUUAGUUCCCUGUUUCGAUCUCAGAAGUUCGGCGCCUUUCGUGUUCUCUCGCGCCGACGCUUCUGAAUCGCCGAGUUUCAACUUCGAGCUUUCGAAAGUCUGCCGUGCUACGGCGGCGACGCCGAGUUCUUUCAAACCGUUUCAUCUCUCUUCCGUCGACGGAAAGACCUUAUGCACUGCCGUCGACGGCGGCUUAGUAAUGAACAAUCCAACCGCCGCCGCCGUCACACACGUGCUCCAUAACAAACGCGAUUUUCCGUCCGUCAAUGGUGUGGAGGAUUUACUUGUUCUGUCGUUAGGCAACGGAUCGGCAAGCGGCGGCAACGGCAAGGUCCGCCACAACGGCGAGUGCUCAACCUCCGCCGUCGUCGGCAUUGUGCUCGACGGCGUCUCCGACACCGUCGAUCAAAUGCUUGGGAAUGCCUUUUGCUGGAAUCGAACGGACUAUGUGAGAAUUCAGG